CGGCGUACAGUUACCAUAGAUACAGCAAAGGGUAAAUAGAUAGUCUUUACCAAACGAAUGGAGAUUAUGUAUCGUAUCCCCAAAUCGAUCAUUGCUAUUCAAGUGAAAACAGAAAACAAUUCAUUUUAGAUUGUAGACGACAUUUCUGUACAGGCAUCAUGUUUUAUCACACUUUCAUUUUGGCCAAGAAAGGCCCUAUGGCAAGAGUUUGGCUUGCUGCUCACUGGGAGAAAAAGCUUAGUAAAGCAGUGGUUUUUGAGACAGAUAUCAAGUCCUCUGUGGAAAGCAUAGUUUCUCCUAAAAUAAAGAUGGCACUCAGAACGUCUGGGCAUUUACUACUUGGAGUUGUCAGGAUAUACUCAAGAAAAGCUAAAUACCUGCUUGCUGAUUGCAGUGAAGCUUUCGUUAAAAUAAAAAUGGCUUUCAGGCCUGGUGUAGUUGAUCUACCUGAGGAAGGUCGUGAACUGGCCUUUUCUGCUAUAACCUUACCAGAAGUUUUUACUGAUUUGGACAUGACAUUACCAGAACUAAAUGAUAUAGAACUACAAGCACAGUUUACAUUAAACCAAAGCAGAAUAGAAGAAAUUACAAUGAAAGAAGAUGUUGUUGUUAACAACCUGCUGGGAGAUGAAGGUUUUGGAGACAUUCCAUUUGACAGUGAUGGGGAAAAAGAAAUAAUGAGAGCAGGAACAGGAAUGGAAGAAUCUCUUUAUCAGUCAAAAGAUUUGUCAAAAAUCACUUUGAAUGAAACAGAUGUUGGUAAAGGGAUUGCUGAUUCUACAUUUGAAAGAAGCAAGAUAGAUCUAGCACUAGAUGAGCCUAUAAAAGAUGAUGGUUUUGGUGGUGAUGGGGUAGACUUUCUUGCUGAUGGUUUUGGAGAUGGCCUAGGUGAUGCUUUAGUCCCUGGUAUUGAUGACCUGCCCCCAGUAGCAGCUGAUGAAUUACCUUUGGAGCCUAUUGACACGAACAUUGAGGGAGAGGAGCUCAAAAAGGAUGACACUUCCCCUCUGGAUAACCAUAAUGAAACUGGUGCUAAUACUACUAAUGAGCUGACAAUCUUACAAAAUGAGGCGGAAGCGUUUGUACUUGAGCCUGUUGAAGUGGUCCAGAAAGGAAAGAGAAGUCGAAGGAAACGAAAGCUCAUAGUAGAUGAAGAUAAAAUCCUAUCUACUGAUGCCAUUAAAGCACAGCUCUCAGAUACAACAGAUGUUGUUAAACAUGCAACCCUCGCACCACCAACAAAGAGGCGAAUGAAGCUGAAAACAAAGUCGACAGUUGAACAACUAUUUGCACUUCCUGCUCUGGAGCUGUUAGCCUCUCCCUUGGUAGAAGUAUUUGUUAUCAAUUUGACUCACAAGGCAGCAAAUGAGCUUAAAACAGUUAAUCAUGAGGCUGAAGAAAAGAUGGACACAGAUGAAAUGGAUCAAGAAGUACCACAAGAAUCAACAAGCAGUGGUGAUAAGACACAAAAACGUACCUCUGUGUCUUUUGAAGAACCAUUACCUUCAAUGGAUGAGCCCUUGCAAGAUAUGGUACAAGCAGAGAUGCCCUUCCCAGAACAAUUAGAACCAGAACAAGAAGAAAAGGAAUCAGAAAAGGAAGAUGUUGCUGAGCUUCCUUCAUCACAAAUGGAUGAAGAACAAAAAAUGAACACAGAAACAGAAGAACAGUUUGAAAAUCGUAGGUGGACCAAGAGAACAAGUCAACUGAUACACACUCUAAAGAGAGAAUUCAAUAAAAAAGACACUGUUAACUUCAAUAACCUGGUCCAAAAGAACACAAGGAAACAAGCUGCAUACAAAUUUUAUAGCUGUCUUUUACUAAGCAAAGACAACACUCUCAACAUGAAACAGAAGGAUUUAUUUGGAGAUAUCAUGCUUAACAAAGGAGCUCAUUUUGCAGCAGCCUGUUAGCAGUGGACGCUCAUAAUCACUAUGCAGAUAAAAAAGAACGAAAACAGAACAUGUACAAAUGCAUACAGCUUUUUACAGUAAGGCAUAGAAUUUUCAAAAUGUUAAGAAAUAUCCAAACACUAUGCAAUUUUAUCAUCUUAUGUAUAAAUUUUGAUUCAUAUACUAUAUUUCAUGCCUUUUUAUUUUCCAGUUGUAUUUUUAACUGUUUUAGGGCUAUGAGAGAUCAUAGCUUGUUAAUUAAAGUUUUUUUAACACAAUUAAGACUAUUGUUCGUUAUAUCCAAUAUCUAGUUGCACUAACAUGACUGACAAUAUUUACGUGACAAUAAUACAUUUCAAGCUUGUUGAAUGACAUGCAACAAUGAUUCAACAAAAUCUUCACCAAACUUUUUUGAAAUCAGUAUAUUUAGGUUUGCAGAGUAAAAAGAAAAAAUGUUAGAUUCACUCAUUAAAUUUUUACAACCCAUAAUCCCACUAUUUGACAGCUUGAGCAGUAGUGCAGAACUCUUGAUUUAUGUAUUCAAGUCAUUUGUUCGUGUAUUCAAGGGUCCAUUGUGCUAUUUUACUAGGAAUUUCAACCUUUUUCGUUAUAAUAAUUUGAAAAUAGAGUCUUGCAGUCAAUAUUAUUAAUGAUGUUUAGUAACCAACUUUAUUCCAUAGUAAACAUGUAAUAUUUAACAGGUGAUGAAUUUGUGGCUUUUUCCACAUGAAUAGAUUCCUUUUUUCCAUU